UGCGAUGACGGGCUCCGUCGGAGCGGCUACAGCGGCUAUUGCCAGCCGCGGCAACAGGAACUUUUCAUCUGAAGAAGGCUACGAUUUGAUUUUGCCGAAUUUGCCAACAGGUCGUUUUGUUGUUAAUACAGUUUUUCUUCACGGAGAUGUUCAAGCGCGGCCUUACCGAGUCGAAGAUUUUCGCGACGCGUUGUCUGGUAUGUCGCUGCUUCCUGAAGUGAUCGCCUUAGGGGCGUAUCGGAUGAGCCACGUGUGGGCCGUAACCUUCAGUAAUGCCGAAGCCGUGAAGAAGUUACUCGCCGCGAGUGAACUGAAGGUCAAGGGCCGGCGCUGCGUCGUCAUUGAUCCUGGAAACCAAGAUGUAAAGAUGAAAGUGCACUGGCUGUUGCACAACGUUCCAGAUGAUGACGUGCGGGUGGCCUUCCUUCCUUAUGGAAAAGUGACAGACAUUAGCAGAGAGCGGUGGCGAGUACACGGAAUCAGUGACAAGGGGUCCACAACAAGGUUGGUGUCCAUGCGUCUCAAGGCAGGCGUUAAGCUGGAAGAUCUACCACACCAGCUGAACGUCGCAGGUGAACAAGCUUUGGUGGUCGUAUCAGGCCGUCCGCCGAUGUGCCUGCGCUGUCAUGCAACGGGGCACAUUCGCCGCGACUGCCGGGUUCCAAAAUGCAGUGCCUGCCGUAGAUUCGGACAUGAAGAAGGUCAAUGCCCUAAAACGUACGCCAGCGUCGCUGGGCCUACGAGUGGCGAGGAUUCAUCCGAACUUCUCAUGGAUGAAAACGACGCUGAAGAAGCUUCGAAGCCGUCAAAAGACACCACAGUCCGCAAAAUGGUAACGCUGGCAGCCAACAAACCCUUUUUGGAGGAAAGGCGUCAACCAGCAGAGCGCGAACGGGAUACCAAAGACCAGGCCAUGGAAAAAGCCACCACAUCGAAGGACGCCUGUCAACCUAUCAGCGAGGAUACAAAAGUGGAGGAAACCCAAGAGACCUGCAUGGACGUCGUCGAAAGCCUCACUGGACAGUCCACCAAGCGGCCAUUGGAGGAGAGCGUCGAGGAAGCAGACAAAGGAGUUGAAGAGACAGAACCACCGCCGAAGGGACUCGGCAUAAGACGGUCUUCAGCGAAGCAGAGGCCGAAUUUUUCCGCUGAGCGGCGGCCGGCGGAAAAACCACCGUCUUAACGCCGACUCUCCGCGCAGCGCAACCUUUUGGGGUCUUCUGGAAGACGUGGGGACUCUGAGCAAACUCAUUUGCAAGUGUCGUGAAGACUUCCGGUUAGAAGAUGCCUAUAGCGCACAUUGUGCUGCAUACGUGAUGUGUCUACAAGGUUCAUCUUCGCUGUAAGUGUUAUACUAUGCUAACAAAUUUUUCAGAUUCUAAAGGGGUACUGUAAUGCGAUCAUUUUGCAGAAUAUAUAAAAAGAAAUGGCGUUAAAAUCAGGCACAGCACUACGCAUAGCGACGAUAAAUGUCAGAGGUCUGGCGUCUAGGAGACGUCAGUACCAGCUUAGUCGCCUGCUGUUAGAAAAUGAGCUGGAUAUCGUAGCAGUUCAAGAGACAAAGGUAGAAACGCAGGAACAAAGUGAUCGCAUGGUAUCACCUUUUAGAAAUCGGUACAAUGUUGCCAUAAGUCAUGCAGUAGGCUUGUCAGCAGGUUGUGCUCUAUUUCUUCGAAAUUCUAUUGAGAUUGUUGAGGAAUCUUUGAGUGUCAGUCAAAGUGGUCGUUAUAUUGUUUGUGAUUUCACCUUCGCAAUGAAAAAUUGGAGGGUGAUUAACGUGUACGCACCAAACAAGGAACAUGACCGGCGAGUGUUCUUUGAGGAAAUGGAAAAACACCUGCUAUGCGAUAAGCUGGUCAUAUUACUGGGUGAUUUCAACUGUGUUUGUGAACCAGAAGAUAGAGUGAACAAACGACCUAUUCGAGAUAAAAGUGCAAUAUUUUUAAGCGCAAUUGUGGGUGAACACAAUUUAGAUGACGUGGGGUCUUUGUUUUCAUGUAACUUCCCCCAGUUCACUCAUUUUCAAGGAAAUAGCCACGCUAGACUAGAUAGAGCUUAUAUAUCGACAGCUCUUGUACCUUUGUGCAGUAAUUACACAGUCAAUCAUGUUUCUUUCAGCGACCACAGCUUAGUGUCUUUCUCGCUUGGAGCAGAAAAAAGAAAAAGUACAUUUAAUUGGCAGCUCUGGAAACUUAAUGAUAAUCUAUUGGAUGACAAAGCUUUCGUACAUUACGCAAUGGAAAACCUUAAUGACUUACUUGAAGAUCACCAGAACAUAAUUGGCAGAUGGGAGCUUUUCAAAGAAAAAAUAAAGAUUAAGGCGAUAGAACGGGCUUCUGCACUUAAGCACAGUAAAAUAAAACACGAAAAAGAACUGCAAGCCCAGUUAGACUUCUUGAUCAGCCAAGAAAGUGUUACCCCCGGCCUGCGCAGUAAAGAAAUUCGAGACGUCAAGCGACAACUUGAGCUUAUCGAUGUCGAAAAUUAUAGAGGAGCAGUGAUACGGGCUCGUGCAGAGCAUUUGUGGAUGGGCGAAACGCCCACCAAACGCGCCCUUAGUGACG